GCCCGCCUCGCUGGUUCAGCUUUUCAGCUGCGCGUCCACGCCGAGUCGCCGUCCGUGCAUCCAUCCUGGAGCGUUUAUUCGUCGUGCCAGUGGUCUUCAGUUUGAGUGCUAUCCAAUCCAAAUAGUGUCCAAAUAACUUUGACAAGCGAAUAUGUUGCAAAUUGUUGCUCCAGUGCCGUGACCAGAGCCCAAUAAAAAAAGUGACGGGCCCAUUAAGCCGAUUUUCGCCAUUUCCAUCGUAAACAUAAAACUUGCUCGGCCGCAGCACAUUUAAAUUUGUUUAAAAAUUGAUUGCAAAAAUGUGCUAGCAACAAUUAGCAUUCCUCGGUUCGCGGUCGUUACAGCGAUUCUCUGUUACGCUGCGCCUCUCCAGUUGGGAUUAUCGACGGCUGCCCCACUGCAACAAUACCAGCGGCAAAACGGAUAGCUGCCAGAGAUAUAGCCAAAACGUGUGCCAUGAAGGAGAAAAGCAAAAAUGCGGCACGCACGCGACGUGAAAAGGAAAACACGGAAUUCUGCGAAUUGGCCAAAUUAUUGCCACUGCCAGCGGCGAUUACAUCACAGCUGGACAAGGCCUCCGUCAUCCGGCUGACCACAUCCUAUUUGAAAAUGCGCCAAGUGUUUCCCGAUGGACUCGGCGAAGCUUGGGGCUCCUCGCCGGCCAUGCAGCGCGGGGCCACCAUCAAGGAGCUGGGCUCCCAUCUGCUGCAGACGCUGGACGGCUUCAUCUUUGUGGUGGCGCCGGAUGGCAAAAUCAUGUACAUCUCGGAAACGGCCUCCGUGCACUUGGGCCUUAGUCAGGUGGAGCUGACGGGAAACUCGAUAUUCGAGUACAUACACAGCUACGAUCAGGACGAGAUGAAUGCCAUACUGUCGCUCCAUCCGCACAUGCACCAGCAUCCACUGGCACAGACGCACACGCCCAUCGGAAGUCCCAAUGGUGUCCAGCACCCGUCCGUCUACGGCCACGACCGCGGCUCGCACACCAUCGAGAUCGAGAAGACCUUCUUCCUCCGCAUGAAGUGUGUCCUGGCCAAGAGGAACGCGGGCCUCACCACCUCCGGCUUCAAGGUGAUACACUGCUCUGGCUAUCUGAAGGCUCGCAUCUAUCCCGACUGUGGGGAUGGACAGGGUAGCCUGAUACAGAAUCUCGGCCUGGUGGCCGUGGGUCACUCGCUGCCUUCCUCUGCCAUUACAGAAAUCAAGCUGCACCAGAACAUGUUCAUGUUUCGGGCGAAGCUGGACAUGAAACUGAUCUUCUUCGAUGCGCGAGUAUCGCAGCUAACCGGAUACGAGCCGCAGGACCUCAUUGAGAAGACGCUGUACCAGUACAUCCAUGCCGCGGACAUCAUGGCCAUGCGCUGCUCCCAUCAAAUCCUGCUGUACAAAGGACAAGUUACCACCAAAUAUUACCGCUUCCUGACCAAGGGCGGCGGCUGGGUCUGGGUGCAAUCCUACGCCACGCUGGUGCACAACUCGCGCUCCUCGCGCGAGGUCUUCAUUGUGAGCGUCAACUACGUGCUGAGCGAACGAGAGGUCAAAGACUUGGUGCUGAACGAGAUUCAGACGGGCGUGGUGAAGCGGGAGCCGAUCUCGCCGGCUGCCCAGGCAGCCGCAGCGGCGGCGGCGGCGGCUCAAGCGGUUGCCUCCGUCCCCGUUCCCGUACCCGUAUCAGUAUCCCUGCCCGUGUCCGUGCCAGUGGUGGUGCCACAGUGUGCGAGUGUAGCGGCUCCGGCGCCGGGCACGCCGGUCAGCCUGGCCCUGAGUGCCAGUCCCAAGUUGGAUCCCUACUUUGAGCCGGAACUACCGCUCUCCGUGCAGCCGCAGCCGCCCAAUGCCGUUACGCCCGUGCCGGCCAACAACAAUCCCAGCAGCAACAACAACAAUGGGGUGUGGCACCACCACCAGAUGCAGCAGCAGCAACAGCAGCAGCAGGGAGGCAGCAUGGACCACGACAGCCUCAGCUACACGCAGCUGUACCCGCCGCUGAACGACCUGGUGGUCAGCUCCAGCAGCAGCGUGGGCGGGGGCACAGGCUCCAGCGCCGGCGGCGGAUCAAGUGCCUCAGCGUCGUCCUCCGGAGUCUACUCCACGGAGAUGCAGUAUCCGGACACCACAACGGGCAGCAUGUACUACAACAACAACAACCACUACUACUACGACUUCGAUGCCACUGUGGACGUGGCCACCUCCAUGAUCCGCCCCUUCUCGGCCAACUCGAACAGCUGUUCGAGCAGCUCGGAGAGCGAGCGCCAGCUCUCCACAGGGAACGCGUCGAUCGUGAACGGCACCUCGCCCUCGCAGACCACCUACAGCGAUCUGAGCCACAACUUCGAGCUGAGCUACUUCUCCGACAACAGUUCGCAGCAGCAGCAGCAACAGCAUCUGAUGGAGCAUCAGCACUUGCAACAGCAGCAGCAUCAGCGUCUGCAGACGCAACAGCAGCAGCAGCAGCAGCACCAGCAAUACCAACAGUCACAGUACGGAAUGCCCCACCAUCAACAGCAGCAGCAGCAGCAACAGCAACAGCAGCAGCAACAACGGGUUGUCAGCGACUUCGCCGAGAGCUUCAAGAGCGUGAAUGCCGCUGCGGCGGCCGCGGCGGUGGUGGCCACGCCCCAUUACACCAGUGUGAUUGUGGAGCCGCAGCACUAUAUACCCAACGAUUUUGUGCAUUAGCAGCGACUAAUUGUUGCUGCUGCUGCUGCUGUUGUUGUUUCUAAAACAAUUCAGGCGGCGACCUGUCGCCCGCUGCCCGCUGCCCAUGGCCAGGUCAGGUCUUAUCGGUCUAUUGUUUGUGCAUCUCUGAUAUAUCAGUUCCAUUUGUAAUAUGUGGCAGAGCCACCUCCAUAUUGGGAUUGCAAACUUUUUGCAAGUCUCCCGCUGUCUCUCUAUCUCUUCUCUUAUUUAUUGCAUACUUUCUUUUUUCCUUCGAGAAGAAAUGAAUGGAAAUGUGAACGAUGGAAACGGAAAAAUUCUUGUUAACAAAUGCAAAAGCAAAUACAAAUUCUAUAUUAAACUUUAGUGCUAAGACCUAGCUGUAAGAUGUUCAUACAAACUAACUUAAAUGAAUUGCACAUACUUAUAAAUAAAUACAUACACACAUAAACACAGGCAUACAUACGGCUCUCUAUAAACACCAUACAUACAAACAUACUCACACACGAUCUGUAGUAAAUGGAUAAAUAUGGAAUAAAGUGUAAAUAGUGCAGGGUCCGCUCACUGUGCAGAUAUCUAAAAUGAUCUUCAUAAGUACAUACGUAACUGUAAAUGUAAAAUUACCUAUUAACGCGAAUUUUUCUAAUUUGAAUAAACAAAUUAUUAUGUGGGUGAACAAUAAAGAGAUAAGUAUUCAA